AUGGCCGAGUCCGAAUCGAAGAGGCUGAGCAACUUGUACGACCGGAUCGAGCGUAUGGCCAAGCUCGGCCCCGAGUUUGUCGACAUCACUUGGAAUGCCGGCGGCCGCACCUCUGACUUGACGUCUCAGCUCGUGCGCACCGUCCAGGCCUACUUUGGCCUCGAGACGUGCAUGCACCUCACCUGCACCAACAUGCCGCGCAACAAAAUCGAAGUAGCAUUGCGCGAGGCGAAAGAGUACGGGUGCCGCAACAUUCUUGCGCUCCGUGGCGAUCCACCAGCGAGUGGAGGCGAGUGGGAGCCGCGCGCAGCGGGCUUCUCCCACGCGUACGAACUUGUCGAGUACAUCCGCAACCACUAUGGCGACUACUUUACCAUCGCCGUCGCUGGCUUUCCCGAAGGCCAUCCCGAGGAAGAAAGCGGCAUUGAGGUAGAGCUGGAGUACAUGAAGCGCAAAAUUGCCGCAGGUGCCGACUUUAUCUUUACGCAGAUGUUUUACGACGUCGACCUCUUUAUUACAUGGGUCCGUCGCUUGCACGCGGAAGGAAUCCAUGUGCCAAUUGUGCCUGGCGUGAUGCCGAUACAGAACUACGGCGGCUUUACGCGCGCCGUCGCGCGCUUCCGCGCCAAAGUCCCGCAGUUCUUCCACGACGCCCUCGAUCCAGUCAAGGACGACGACGAGCAGGUGCGCCUUGUCGGCACAAAGCUUGUCGGCGAGAUGUGCCGCAAGAUCCUCAAUACGACAGAUUUGGACGUGCAUGGCCUGCACAUCUACACGAUGAAUUUGGAGCGCGGCUCGCAGAUGCUGCUCGAGUACCUUGCGCUGCGCCCCUCCAUCAACCAGCUCUCCCCUCUCCCGUGGAAGCCAUGCCUCACCCCCAAACGCCGCGAAGAAAACAUCCGCCCGAUUUUCUGGGCGAACCGUAGCAAGAGCUACGUGAACCGCACCGAGGCCUGGGACGAGUUUCCCAAUGGGCGCUGGGGCGACGCGCGCAGUCCUGCCUACGGCGAUGUCAGCGCAUUUGGCACACAGCUGCGCGAGUCCAAAGAAGAGGCGCUCGCGCUUUGGGGCGAGCCCCAAACGCUGGACCAAGUCAAGGACUUGUUCGUCCGUUUCUGUUCCGGCGACCUCGCGCGUCUUCCCUGGAGCGACGCGCCGGUCGCAAAAGAGACCAGGGUGAUUGACCGCAUGCUCAUUGAGCUGAACCGCCGUGGAUUUCUCACGAUCAACUCGCAGCCGGCCGUGGAUGGUGUGCCAAGCACGGAUUCGGUCCAUGGCUGGGGACCCAAGGACGGAUACGUGUACCAAAAAGCCUACCUCGAGUUCUUUGUCUCGCCGCAGCAGCUCGACGAACUGCUGCGUCUGAUCGAGUUGGACCCCCAGAUCACGUACCACGCUGUGAAUGCCCAGGGCGAUAUGCGCACGAACACCACGUCCGACUCGCCAAACGCCGUGACAUGGGGCUGCUUUCCACACUGCGAGGUCCUGCAGCCCACCAUAGUCGAGUCGAUUUCCUUCCUUGCGUGGAAGGACGAGGCGUACGAGCUUGGGCGCAACUGGGCGCGCAUGUAUGCACCCGAUUCUGCGAGCGCCAAGCUCCUCACUCACAUGUUUGACUCGUGGUUCCUCGUGAAUGUCGUGCACAACGACUUUAAGCAGAGCCUCGCCAUCUUCGAGCCCUUCCUCGAGGCCAGGGUAGAUGGCGCAUAA